ACACGCCUCUUCGGGCGCGCAAUGUGGCUUCUAGCGCGCUCCGCAUCACCGGAAGAAUUAAUUUCGACAGUGACCUCCGCCGCGUUGCGGCUAACUUCUGCGAUGCGUGCAGUUGACGAGGCGCUCGAAACAGGCGCCGACGCCACCGCCGCCCAAGCCAACGCGCAGAUGGCCUCGGCGACUGUAGAUAAGCAACUUCAGGAAUUAAAAUUGAUCCUGAUCGGCGAUGCUGAGAAAGACCAUGAUGAAGGUAGGGGUGCACGAGUAGCAGCCGCAGCUAUCGUGCAACCAGAGUUUGCUGUGAUGCUGGUCUCAUGCCUGCAUCUUCUACCCCUCGAAACUCGGAAGAAUGCAGCCCAUGUGUUUACCAACCUUGCGCGUAGAUCUGACGGAGCCGCAUUUGCUGCGAACGUGGCCAACAAUACUAUUAUUCUCUCCUCUCUCAUCGAUGCGUACAAAGACGACAAAGCUGACCUUGCUCUCAUUUGCGGAAUGAUGCUGAGAGAAACAGCGAGGCAUGAGAUUGUCGCGAAAUCGCUUUUGGAAGCACCAUACUUUUGGCGUUUUUUUACAGAUUUUGUGCGUCUCAAAAGCUUCGAGGUGGCAUCAGAUGCUUUCGAGCUGCUGAAGGCUCUACUUGUUGGCCACUGCUCUCUAGCUGCAGCUUUCAUCGAGGCCAACUAUGAGACGUUCGUGCUGCACUACAACCAGCUCCUUCAAUCAGAGAACUACGUUACAUGCCGUGAGAGCCUUCGCCUACUUGGCGAACUGCUGCUCGAGAGGGCCAAUUUCAGCACUAUGAUGAAGUAUAUCUCUGACCCUGAGAACCUCAAGGUUCUCAUGAGUCUCCUCAGGAGCAAAAAGGCGAGGAUUCAAAUAGAAGCGUUCCAUGUAUUUAAAGCCAAUUUUCUCUGUGUUUUCGUAGCCAACCCACGCAAGCCAGAUGCUAUUAACUCGAUCCUUUUCAAGAAUAAAGACAAGCUUGUCGCAUACCUCCGGAACUUCCAUAAUGAUAGAGAUGAUGACCAAUUCGCAGAGGAAAAGGCCCUUGUCAUCGACACGCUGGUCGGCCUAGCCAAACCAGAAACCCAGUACUCAUGUUUGCACUGAGGCCCGGCAGAGCCCGCGGGAAAUACGACGCGUUCUAGUUUGGGGCCCGGUUAGGGCCCCGGCGCCUGAGUAAAGCCCCACCCGCCGCUCCCAGCCGCCGGCCCAUUAUUGCCGGGGACGUCGUCGCUGGGCCUCGCGUGGACCUCGCGGGUUCCUGGGGUCCCGCCUGGGGCGAGCCAGCGGCAAGCCAGC